AUUUUAAGCAAUUCGGGUGCAAUCAAACAGAAGCUAUUAUUAGAAUUGAAAUUGACCGAGUUAAAGUUGUAAACAUUUACAACCUAAAUUCUUUCAACCAUUUUCCAGGAAUGGAAUAAUCCAGGUUAGACUGCACAGACAAAGGCGAGUGCGUCAUAGGUUUAUUGUACGAAGCUUAAUAUCAGUGCACAAAUAAAACCACUGUCCACUAAAUGCCAACGCAACAAAUAAUAGUUCGCCGUUUUAAUGGCGAACGUACAAAAAUAUAUAACUCUAAUUUUAGGGGCUUCUAUGUCAACUUAAUGUACUCAGGAGGCGCACUCGAGAGCCAUCCUGUCAUUUCGAAGCAGACCACGGGGCGGAGACUCUGCGCAAGCCUUUUAAAGACGUACCGCCCCCCCAGUGGGCGGGGCUUCAGAUGCAUCGAGAAAAUGUCAACAACAUGCCGGAGUCUUCCAGAGAAACAGAAAGUGAGGCAGCAGCAGUGGACAGGCGUCAAACAGUUAAUGGAAACAAAUCGUCCCACAACAUCGUGUCUUUAAUAUCUAAGAUCGCAGAUGAAAAUAUCUCGCUCGUGCGGAACAUCAGCACUUGUCUGGCAGUGGCUGGAGUGAUAGUAAUAGCAAGGAGCAUCAAGCUGCUCACAAAAUUUCAAGCUGCACGUGAGAUCCCUGCUCGCUUCAUUGAGAGGAAUGUCAGCCUGCGAGGGAAAGUUCAUUCGAUCACAGAAAAAGGAAUUGAAGUGGAACAUGUGCCAAUUUAUCUGCCUGUUCUCUCUACAUUACUGUCCAAACAUAGGGAUGUGUCCACUUCAACAAUGCUGGUGCAUCUGGCAGGAGUGGAACUGACCCCAGAGGGGCAGACAUGGUUGCAGAAUACCCUGGCACCUGCCCAGGUGGUGUGGCUGAAACUUAUCAGCAGAGAAGACAACGCUUUGCAUUGUUUGGUGUCUCACAGCAGGCAGGGGUCAAUGUGGGGCCACUGCAUGAAUGAAGAGGUCCUCAAGCUUGGCCUGGCUCGCACUGCGCCUAUUGUGGGAGUGCUGCCUGACACCCCCCUGUACUGGCGCCUGCACAAACGGCUGCACAAGGCUGAGCUGAAAGCUGAGAAGAAGGGACGGGGCUUUUGGAGAGAGGAGAGUCUGUGGGAGAGAACUUCCAAGGCUGUCAGGGACAGCUCUAUAAUCAGACUGAUGAAGACAAUCUUUAAACGUUCCUAACCAAUAAUUAUGGUGUGUUAAAAAGUUGUGAAAGUCAUUGCUAGUUAUUCAUGUUUUUAUUAUCUUUUUGCAUUCCUUAAGUGAGUAUAACAACUCAUAACUGUUAUAGUUUUUAUCAACACAGAUUCAGAUUUUUGUUCAUAUAUUUCCUGAAAUGCAGUUUUCCUUUUGAGGUAAUGAAAAUACUUUGUUUAUUGAUUGAAGUUGAUUGUUUGCAUUAAAUCCAUUGACUGUAUAAUGAGAAAUGGAUAUGGUGAGUGUGACGUCACUUGUGAAAUUGCCUAACUUCUGGCUCCAACGAAAAGAAGUCAAGUCAGUCGCCAGUUUUCAGGAGAAGCUGACUUCUCCUCUCUCAUAAGUAAUUGGCUCCGCCUCCAUAACACAAAGCUGGUUUCAUAUUGAUCAUACAAUUCUCUCUCUGCCUAUGUCAUCCAAAACUAGCUCCGCCUCCAUAAUACUAAGCUGGUUCUAUCUUGAUCACACAAAGCCUGCUCUCCUUAUUGCAAAAUAAAACUAGCUGUUCCUGCAUUACUCUAGGUUGGCUCCGCCUCCAUUACACAAAUUUGGCUCCGCCUCUCACACUUUUAUGAGAUGGUUUAGCUACAUUGUCAAAUUACUUCGAUAAGAAAGUUAGUUGUUCAGCUCAACGAGUUACAAAAUGUGAAUGAUUUUCAAUAAAAAAGUAACAUUGCAUAGAUUAAA